AUGGCUGCGGAGGGACGCGGCCCCCGCGCCCAGCUCUGGGCCGCGGCGCUGCUCCUGCUCGGUCUGCCGCGCCUCUCGGUGCGGGCGGAUGGGAAGCUUUUUGUGCUGGAGUCUCAGAAUGGCUCUCAGGGCCUCGAACUGGAGGUGGCUCGGCUUUCCUGCAAGAGCAGGGGCGCUCACCUGGUGUCUGCGGAAGAGCUGCGGACGGUGGUCCAGGACUGUGCCUUUGCUGUGUGCACCACCGGCUGGCUGGCAGAUGGCACCCUGGGGACAACCGUGUGUAGCAAGGGGAGCAAUGAACAGCAAAUCAUGAGAGCCAUUGAUGUGAGAAUUGAAAGCAACCCAGCUCCUGGUGCCACGUACAGUGCCCUUUGUAUUAAGGAUGAAGAGAAGCCGUGUGGAGACCCGCCUUCGUUCCCACACACCAUCCUGCAGGGCCGCACGGGCCUGGAGAUGGGGGAUGAGCUGCUGUACGUGUGCGCCCCGGGCCACGUGACGGGCCACCGCGAAACUGCCUUCACCCUGCUGUGUAACAGCUGUGGGGAGUGGUAUGGCUUGGUGCAGGCCUGCGGAAAAGAUGUGGCUGAGGCACAUAUUGACUAUGAGGAUAAUUUCCCAGAUGACAGAUCCAUGUCCUUUAGAGAGCUCAUGGAGGACUCCCGGACAGAGGCAGAAGAAGACAGAGGUCCGGGAGAGGCCCCUGAGGAGAUUUCAAAACAGGACCAUCUGGUCUCCAUUUCUGUGGGGAGAGAAAACAUAUCCCAGGAUACAGCCUCUGUGCCAACUACAGGCUUGUCCAUCGCGGGAAGCAGUGUCCCCACAGACUCUCCAGGACCCCAGCUAAACCAGAAGUACUUGUUCUGGUUUCCUGCUGAGAAUUUCCACAAGCCUGGGCUGCAGAAGGAGAUGAAUGAUGGCUCCAAAAAGCAGUUUCUGGCUAGAGACAACCGUAGUAGCCUAACAGCAGCUCCGGGUGAACCUGAAGCCAAGGUGAUCUAUAGCAGCACUCAUGGUCCCUCGGGGCCAUUUCUGGGCAGGACUGACAGCAAGACUGGGGACCCAAUGGUGAGCAGCAGUGAUGAGUCCUGGUUAGAUGGUUACCCUGUGACGGAUGGGGCUUGGAGGAAGAUAGAGGCAGAAGAGGAGGAAGAGGAGGAAGAUGGGGACAAGGGAGAUGCGUCAGUAGGGCUGGAAGAAAGAGUUCCAGUUACUCCUAAUCAGCUCAUUCCUGUCGAAGUUAAGAACCCCAGGAGUACCUCCUUCACACCAAGUGAGGACGUGACCCGUAGUUCAGUUCUUCCAUCUCAAACACUAGAUGUAGAAGCUUUGGCUCUCAGACCCGGAAAUGUGUCUGAAACUGAGAGUCCCAGCACGGGAGAUGGUGACUUGAUCAGGUACCAGUCAACUGUUCCUUGGAGCUUUGCCACAGAGAUGUCUCCCAUGGCCACACUACCCUAUGAACUCCCCAGCUCUACUCUGGGGACAGUGACAACUGCUGUCCAACAGAUGCCGAAUCACAGUCCCUCAACUAUCAUGGCAGCCAGCCAGACUCCAGGGGAAACCAUUGCUCCUGAGGUCCAGGAUAGUUUCCCAUACCUGCUAUCUGAGGACUUCUUGGGACAGGAAAGCCCCGGCCCAGGUGCAAGCGAGGAGCUUCUUCCAACUGUGGAAUCGUGUGUAGGGGAUGGGUGUCCCAGCCUCAGCAGGGGCCCUGUCAUUGCCACCAUUGUCACCGUCCUAUGUCUGCUGCUGCUCCUGGCAGGGGUGGGGGCCGUGUGGGGCCACCGUAAGUGCCAACACAAGAGCUCCGUGUACAAGCUGAACGUUGGCCAGCGACAAGCUCGGCACUACCACCAGCAGAUUGAGAUGGAGAAGGUCUAGCCACCUUCAGAGCAGGCUCUCCCAAAGCCACUUAGGAGGAAAGGGAACUGUGCCACGUCUCACUGAUAAAGACUGAUUCUUCACUAGAGCAUGAAACUGGUGGGUUAGGACUCAUCUCUUUUUUCUUCAGGUCCUUGUUCUGAAGGCCGAGAAACGUCUCUGGAGGCACCUGGUAGGACAAGUAGGCUUUGAUGGCAUCAUCACACGCAUCAAUAUCUACUUAACCAAAUUUCCUGGAAUGUACUGCGCUGAUCCCAGACCUGUGCUCAGGCCCCAAUUCCAGUAUGAGCUCAAAACUCACCUCUCACUUCAUCAUGCUCUUAUCUUCUUUCCCUUGUUUUAAAAAAAAAAGAUGAAUCACUCCAUAACCGAAAUUUUUAGAAAAAGUGUGAUAAACUGAGCACUUGAGAGCAGUGUUAUUUGGGAUAGAGAUAUUUAAUUGUUGGGCGUGGGGCAUAGAAAAAAUAAUGGGUUAUUGCUUUUUAAUGUUGUGAUUUUGUGAGGGCAAAUGAGCCAAGAACCAGGACAGAGUCUAGAAGCUUUUGGUUUCUUUUUAAUUGUUGAAAUUGGAGGGAGGAAAAAAAAUCAGAGAAUUUAGGACUGAUGCUUUGUUGCGGGGAGAGGGAAGUGAAGGGAGUAGCAAGACACAUCCACUUUGUUCCCUCCAUUUUAUAGGACAGACCAUUUUUUUUAAAGCACGUGAUUAGUUUUGGGGGGCCCUGAGUGUCUUCAUUGGUUAGGC